CACGCAUUGUGGUGGGCGGGGUCCCCGCGGGCGGUCGGGUGGUGGCGGUGGCGCCGCCAUGAGCGUGGCGCUGCGGAAUGCGCAGCGCGCCUUGUCCGUACGCCGGGCCCCGCUUCGCCGCGCCGUGUGCGUCUUGCGCGCCGCCCUGGGCGCCUCCCGCUUCGACGUGGGGCUAGUCUGCGCCAGCAACGCGUUGAUGCAGCGACUGAACGGCGUCUACCGACACUGCCCGGAGCCUACCGACGUCCUCUCUUUCCCGUUCCACCAAGUGGCGGCGGGGGAGCUGCCGCGGCCGUGUUGCCGCAGCGAGUACAAUCUGGGGGACAUUUUCCUGGGGGUGGAAUACAUCCAUCAGCAGUGCCGCGAAACCGGGGAGGAUUUUGACGAUGUCCUGACGGUGACGGCGGCCCACGGAUUGUGUCACCUGCUCGGCUACCGGCACGACACGAAACCCGAGUGGGAGCAGAUGUACCAGAAGGAAGCGCAAAUCCUGGAGGAGCUGAACCGCAUCACGGGCUCUCGCCUGCGGCCCCUCACAGCCGGCCUCUUCUGA